CUAUUAACAAAAAAAAACACAUGAUGUAUACAGUUUUGAAUAGAAUUAUAUAAUUGGCGGUACGAAUAUAAACGCGAUUCAAUAGCCAAAAGGGAGAAGAAAAGAGAAAGAGAGGCGAGGAUGGGAGAUUUAGGAAAAGGGUACAAGCUAGUGUUCUUGGGGGAUCAAGGCGUAGGGAAAACGAGCAUCAUCACUUGUUUCAUGUACGGUAAAUUCGACACCAGUUAUCAGGCAACAAUUGGAAUAGACUUUUUGUCAAAAACAACGCGGUAUGAAGAUAGGACUUUUCGUCUGCAAUUGUGGGAUACUGCAGGACAAGAGAGAUUUAAAAGCCUAGUACCAAGUUAUAUCAGAGAUUCUUCUGUUGCUGUUAUUGUCUAUGAUGUUGCCAGUAAGCAAUCAUUUAUAAACACCUCCAAGUGGAUCGAAGAAGUUCGUGCAGAAAGAGGCAGCUAUGUCAUUAUUGUUCUUGUUGGUAACAAAACCGAUCUUGUUAAUAAAAGGCAAGUUUCGAUAGAGGAAGGGGAGAAUAAAGCUCGUGAGUUUGGAGCUUUGUUCAUGGAGACUAGUGCUAAAGCUGGAUUCAACAUUAAGCCUUUGUUCUGUAAGAUUACAUCGGCGUUACAAGGAAACGAGGCAGUUUCUUGGACGAAACAAGAGGAUUUGGUGGAUGUGAAUCUAAAGCCACUCAUGUUUUCAUCUCAGGCAAAUCAUCAACAAGAAAGCAAUUGUUCUUGUUAAUGACAUUAUUAUGCUUACAGACUCAAUCAGCAACUCAUAAAAAUUGGAUAAAUCCUUUGUUGUUACAAAGAAAUGAAAGAUCUUUAUAGUUGGUGUGAUUAGACUAAAUGUCUCUGUAAACAUCGGUUUCUAACUUGAUUUAAUAAAAUAAUCUAAGGUCUCUACAAAAUUUUGU